AUGGCCCCAAAAACUAAGACCCAAGAAAACAUUAACGCCAAGUUAGGUUUGGUUAUCAAGUCCGGUAAGUACACCUUAGGUUACAAGUCCGUCGUCAAGUCCUUGAGAACCGGUAAGGCCAAGUUGAUCAUCAUCGCUGGUAACACCCCAGUCUUGAGAAAGUCUGAAUUGGAAUACUACGCCAUGUUGUCCAAGACCCAAGUCUACUACUUCCAAGGUGGUAACAACGAAUUAGGUACCGUCUGUGGUAAGUUGUUCAGAGUUGGUACUUUGGCUGUUUUGGAUGCCGGUGACUCCGACAUUCUUUCUUCCAUCAACUAA